AUGGCAGCGGCAGCAGAGGCGCACAGGGUGCUGGUGUAUGGAGGCAGAGGGGCCCUGGGAGCCAAAUGCGUGCAGUAUUUCAGAGCCAAGCACUGGUGGGUUGCCAGCAUUGACCUAGCAGAAAAUGAAGAAGCUAAUGCCAGUGUUGUUGUGAAAAUGACCGACUCCUUCACUGAGCAAGCAGAUCAGGUGACAGCAGAUGUUGGAAAACUUCUGGGUGAACAGAAGGUGGAUGCUAUCCUGUGUGUAGCUGGAGGAUGGGCAGGUGGCAGUGCAAAAGCUAAAUCUUUAUAUAAAAAUUCUGACCUGAUGUGGAAACAGAGUGUUUGGACGUCAACUAUUUCCAGUCACUUAGCCACAAAACAUCUGAAAGAAGGAGGCUUGUUGACUCUGACUGGAGCAAAAGCUGCUUUGGCUGGAACUCCAGGGAUGGUUGGGUAUGGCAUGGCAAAAGGAGCAGUACAUCAGCUUUGUCAGAGUCUAGCUGGUGCAAACAGUGGCUUGCCAUCUGGGUCUGCUGCUCUUGCUGUUCUACCGGUUACCUUGGAUACACCAAUGAACAGGAAAUCAAUGCCUGAUGCAGAUUUCAGCUCCUGGACACCCCUAGAAUUCCUUGCUGAAACCUUUUAUGACUGGAUCACUGGGAAGAACAGACCAAGCUCAGGAAGCCUAAUCCAGGUGGUAACCACAGGAGGGAAGACAGAACUAGCUGCUGCACAUCUUUGA